CGCAUACAAGAAGAAAACCACGCAUCUCCAUGGUCACUUGUAGCCAUAACAUACAGACCAUCUAGAUUGUGAUAGACGUCCUUGCGACCACAAUGGUGUGAUAGCAAUAACUUGAACAUUCGCUUGACCAACCCGGCGCCAUCUCUACGCGCCGACCUCACGUUCGCGCUAAGGACGAACCAAGAGGACCCUGACAAGAACCUAUGAGACCGAGGAAGUUCCCUGCAGCCGUCAGAGCUGCGCGUCUAACAGCGCGGGCGUCUCGACCUCCCACGCUCUCUGUCAACCAACAUUCCUUCCUUUACUACAGUUCCCGAUUUAGCAGCGCCGCGUUUCUAUUCACGAUCUUCGAGUCUAUGAUGAUUUGCUCUUCGAAAUCGGUCCCCACAAGGCGUGCAUAUCAGACCUGUUUUCGAACAAUAUCCCUUGUCCAUCAACCGCUGAGGUUGGCAAAAAAUAGCAACUAUCAGACUAUGCGUAUGCUGGCGCAGGUAAACCGCAUACUUUAUCAUAUCUACUAUCCUAACCAAAAUGGCUUCAUAAAGAGCAGCUCGAUUCCACUCGAAUUCUGUCUUCCAUCCUCUCAAGGACUCAAGAGUUGAGACCCAUCCAGAGGAUAUCAAAGCAUCAAUCCAACUUCACACUUUUGUUCUUCGUCUUGUUUCCCU